GUUGUUGCAGUCGCCGAAACUGUAACCAAAAAGCAAUCCAUAUAUUGUAUUACUUGUGCAAUUUGCAGUGUGUGUUAUUUCUUUAAUUAAAUGUUAUUAAACGUAAGAUAUUGAACACAAAAUGACAAUAAAUAGAACGAAGCACCGUCCCUGCAGAACAGUGCUUCGUGUUAACGGAAGUGAGUGUUCAGCUGACGUGGAAACUAUACAGCCUCAAGCUGCAUCUGGCUUGAGACUAGAGAGGAAUAGAUUUGAGCGACAAGGGAAAGGGGAGUCGUCAUCUAAAAAAGUUACAUAACCAGUCACCAUCUCCCACUUGUUUUUUUUUUCUAUUGAUAUACAGUCUUUUCUUACACUGUGAAACACUUGCAACAACACAUAACACAAUCCACUCCAGCCCGAGAUCUACUGUAAGUGAGCCGGUAUCGCGCAAUGGUGGAGCAGUCGGACCGAGCUCCACUGCUGGACUGGGAGGAAAUCCCUGCCGGCGCACCGGCACCAGCACCGCCACCGGAGCGCGGAUACGUAUCUAGGGGUGCCAACUGUAGGGCACUUGGCAGCACUGCGCCAGGGACCGGCUGGAGCACAAGCCCCGGAUGUCCAGGUGCAUUUCUAUCGGCAGCUGUUAGCGGGGAGGCAGAUUCUGCUGCCAGCGCAGACACUGUGCGAGUGGGGCCGGGCUCGGAUGCACACAGUCCCGUGAAAGGAGAGUCCAGACUCACGGGCAGGGAGACGGGAGGCCCAGAAAAGGAGCCUGCGACAAGUGUACCCGAGUGGGAGGAAAAGGACCAAAUUGUGGCUGUUUUUGUUGUAACAUUUGAUACCAGAUCUGGUAACAUAGUGGAAUGGUGUUUGCCUCAGGACGCUGACCUGGUCGGAGUAGAGUUUAAGUCUAUGGCCAGCGGAUCCCAUAGAAUCUCUUCAGACUUCAUCUAUUUCCGCAAAGGCAGUUACUUUGGGCUUGCGUGCUUUGCGAACAUGCCGGUGGAGAGUGCGCUGGAAAGAGGGGCUCGGAUGAAGUCUGUGGGGAUUCUGUCUCCUUCCUACACCCUGCUGUACAGAUACAUGCACUUCCUUGAGAACCAAGUCAGGCAUCAGCUGGAGUCUCCGGGGCACUAUACUCAGUUAGAGGCUUUUUAUGAAGACAAGAAGGGUGUCCUGCCCAUUGGGAAUGGAGCAGCUACCUCCCUCCAGCCAGUCCACUGGCUGCCUUCCAUCAACAGAUGCAUGCACCCUGAAAUGAAGAUCACACACCCGGCCGGCUGCAUGUCCCAGUUCAUUAAGUUCUUCGGGGAGCAGAUGAUCGUCCUGUGGAAAUUCGCCCUGCUCCGGAAACGCAUCCUCAUCUUCUCUCCUCCUCCUGUGGGGGUCGUCUGUUACAGGGUGUACGGCUGCUGCAGUCUGGCGAAUGUGUCCCUUCCCGGAAUCGGGGUCUCUGUGCCAGAGUUUCGGCCGUUCUUCUACAUCAACGUGGCUGACAUCGAAGUGCUGGAGAAUGAGGUCUCGUAUGUAGCCUGUACGACAGAGAAGAUUUUUGAGGAGAAGAAGGGUCUGUAUGAUGUAUAUGUGGACAAUCAGAAUGUAAGAACGCAUCACGAGAACCUGCAACCGCUGCUGAGGAUAAAUGGUGCCGACCGAGACAAGUAUCGUAAACUCAGCGAACAAAGGCAGAUGCUGCUCUACUCCCAGGAGGUAGACCGGGACUGUAGCUCCAAUGAAGAGGACCUCUUCAUUCUGUUUUUCAUGGAGCAGAAUAACCGGAUAUUCCAGAUACUGUCGGAGGUGUCGGCCAGCCAGGACAAGACGCUGACGGAGGAGCACAUGCGGGGGAUGGGGCUGGACCCCCAGGGAGACCGCAGCUUCCUCAUCGACCUGCUGGAGGUGUACGGCAUCGAUGUCAUGCUGGUCAUAGACAACCCCUGCUGCCCCUGAGCUGAGGGGCUGUCCGCCUGUGUGCCUCUGUGUGACUGUGGCUCAGUGUCUGUGACCUGUAUCCACAAAGCUAUUGGAUAUACAGUAGUGUGCAAAUGUAUUAGAACACCCCUUUGCUUCUGUUGUUUUGAUUUGUUGUGCAUAUGAAAUCAGACCACUGUAAUGAACGUCUUGGAAAAUUGUCAAAAUAGGCAAAUUAGUGAUUGUCUAAUUUAAAUGAUGACUUUAAUAGGCUACACAUGCAAUUAAUUUAUAAUGGUAAGAGAAAAGGAAUACAUAGCCACAAAUGAUAAAAUGCACGAGACUUAGAAGGUGUUUAAGAUGUCUAAUUAAAUCACAAAGUGGUCGAACAUUUCCACAUGAGUGCCUAUUGUUCUAUAUCACUGAUUACUGACAAAAAAUUGAAAUUCUCACCCCCAGAGGUUUUCAUGCAGGUACAUAUAUAAAGGAUAUAAAUGACAACUGUUGAGGUGUUCUAAUACAUUUGCACAUGACUGUUUUAGAAAAAGAAAAAGCAAAGGUCUACAAUAUGAUACAUUUGCCUACGAGUGACGGCCAAAAAUAAAAUAUUUGCUAUGAAAGCUGUUUUAACUAACUAAGCUUACAUUUGUAGAAAUUGUUUAUUGUUACAUUCAUAUUUCUUUCCUGUGUAUCGAAUCCUAUGCAGGCUGUUUUUGGGGUAAUUUGCUUAAUGUGAGCGCCAUUGUUAAACAACUUCAGUGUUCAGUUUGUUGAUUAGCAUUGCAAGAUGUGAUGCAUCACGAAGUAUGUAUAUAUUGUAUAAGUAUGAUGUUGUUUUAAAAAUGGAUGCAAAGCAUUAAAAGCUAGCAAAAUUGCACAAGUGGACCUCAUUCAGUACACAUAGAAAAAUAAUAUUGCAACAGACUAGGGAUGGGACGAAUACAGCAUUUCCGAAUAAUUUUCCUUUAAGGUCUCACUGAACCAACACAGUUCAAUUGAAAGCCGGUUACACUUUUAAAUCACACAAUUAUGUUGUGCUGUGUGUAUAAUCUCCAAAGUGCUUUCAAUUAAAAACAAAUUGUCGCCUUUUAAUCUGUAGACAGAUGAGUUUCGCGUGGCCGAUGCAGAUCCACAUUAUAAACACAUAAGCAUAACAAUAGUGUGUAACGUCUUCAGGUAGGGUUUAAAAAAAUCCAUCUUGUUACAAUUCUUCGAUCUGUUGAUGUUGAGAUUUAAAAGUUUUAAAUUGAGAUGAGGCAAAACAUACACGAUGAUAACUGGCCAGUUAAAAGCCGACAAUUCCCUUUGAAUGGAAAGCACUCUGCAGAACCUAAUGACAUAAUUCAAGAGCGUCACCAUGUUCAAAUUAAAUGUCGGUUCAGUUUAUUUUUUAUUUUUUUUAAACCCUACCUGAAGAUGUUACACACUAUUGUUAUGCUUAUGUGUUUAUAAUGUGGAUCUGCUUCGGCCACGCGAAACUCACCUGUCUACAGAUUAAAAGGUGACAAUGUGUUUUUAAUUGAAAGCACUUUGGAGCACAACCUAAUUGUGUGAUUUAAAAGUUUAACCGGCUUUCAAAUGAAAUGUGUCGCUUCAGUGAGACCUUAAAGGAAAAUUAUCCGGAACCGCUGUAUUCGCCCCAUCCCUACAACAGACUAGUCCAUUACUGAAAAUAAACCCUAUGGUAGUUCCAUCAGAGGUUAAAAUAACUUCCAUAGUAAAUAUUUAAUUUAUGGAUGUCACUUGUAGGAAAGAUUCUUAUCUUGGACCAUUUUCCUUCCUGGGAAAGUCAGGAUCAUAUCUUCAUUUCUGGGGUUUCUUUAAAACAA